CGUAUUUGGCACGAGUCUUACUGUAAACAACGUUUCCUCCGGUAUUUCUGGACACCUUGCAGCCAUAACUUACCAUUUGCCACUAUUUGCAACUGUAGGCUGGGCCAACCCUUCGAUCCCCCAAAGGCGGCUACGACCCGACACGUUGGACCAAACUCUAUUCAGGCAACUCUUGGAACUAGGCUGUGGGGGUCUAGACCUUCUUCCCAUCUCCCUUCAAGUGAAGAUCUAGAUAAUCCAGCGGAGGUUCUCGCUCAAAUUAUACACGACGCAUAUUGUGGUGCUACAAAGCGCACUCUAGGUGCCGGGCAUGGCAAUCCCUGGUCGAACUAUUCAUGCGAAAAGGCUAGAAAGAGUUACAAAUUAGCUCUGUGGUCUCUAUCCACUGAAAGUGGUAUUUGUGACGCUCGAAAGUGUUGA